GCCUGUCGCUCAGCCGCGGAGAGACCGGGAGCCCCAGCCCGGCCUCGUCCUGUGCAGCGUCCGGGCAGGCCGAGCGAGGGCCCGCCACUGCUCUUUAUACAGCCGCUGCAGAGCAGGCGUUUUUAAACUGUACAGCACCCUUCUCCAAGCCGGUGGCCUCUGGAUGCCUGGGAUUAGAACUCCCAUGAGCCUUGGCUGGCUGAGGAGGGUGGGAGUUGUAGUCCACCACAUCUGGGGCCUGCUGGAUUGGGAAGGGCUGCUGCAGAGCUUCCGGCUUCUUCUGCAGGGCCAUCGGAGGGGGAAGAGGCAGCGCCUGGACCUGGACGGGGGGUGCGGGGUGGAUGUGUGUGAGGAAGGGCACCCCGGCCCCUCCGAGUGCAGCGCGUGACCACGAGUCCACAGCCCCAACCACCCAGGGCCCCUCUGGGCACACACAGCCUGCCUCCUUCCCAUCCGUAUCUCCCUCCAGGACCUUGGAAGCGGGCCCAGAUUCCAGCCACCGGCCUUGGCUUGGCCCUGCCAGGAUGAGGCGGCCCUAUAUAAACGAGCCGCCCUCCCUGAGCGAAAGCCUCCCCUUCCUUCGCUGCUCCGGGACUGCAAGGAUGCCGGCCUCCCAGCUGCUGCUGCUGCUGCCCCUGUUCCUCGCGGGGGCGUGCGCCCAGUGCCCGCUCCCCGCCGACCUCAAGACCCCCAACGGCACCAAGAUCUGCUCCCAGCUCUACACGGACAACAGCCCCUACUACGACCAGUGCUGCGGCGGGAGCGUCCUGGUCGUCAUGUCCGGCGAGGACCAGCCCUAUGUGCCUCCGGCUUUCAACAACAAGGUCUCCUCGCUGGUGGUGGGCCAGCGCUGUGAGCUCACCGUGUGGUCCGGAAAGGCCAAGACUGGCAAGACCCGUAAGUUCAAGCCCGGGGCGUACCCUCGGCUGCAGGAGUUCAAGAAGGGGCUCUUUGGGAACUGGGACAACUCCAUCUCGGCCUACUUCUGCAAGUGCACCUGAGGGGCCCGGGAUGGGGAUGGGCGACGCAGGGGAGGAGCCGCCCACCCCGAAGCGAUGGCCCGGAGCCUCUCCCGCGGGCGCCUGCCUCCCCGAGUCCCGUCUCCGUCCCUCGUGCCGCGCGGCAGGAGACUCCAGCACCCUCCGCGCUGCAGCCAAGCAUCCAGCCGGGCCUCCAGAACGCCUCGAUCCCCCUGCCCAGCGUGAUGGCAGCAGCAACUGAGCACGAGCCGGGCGGGGAAGCGGCCCCCCGGACGCAACGGCCCGCGGGCCUCUCCUCUCGCUCAAGGACCUUCCCCGGACGGCCUGGGAUCCCGCGGCUCCGUCUUCCAAGCCACACUCGCCUCCUGAGAUCCGCCCGGCAGCCAACAUUCCCCAG